GAUGUGAAGCAGGGCGGUCUGGGCGACUGCUGGCUCCUGUCGGCGAUCGCGUCGUGCGCGGAGGCGCACCCGGAGAUCAUCCGGCGCCUCUUCAUCACCCAGUUCGUCGAGCCCUGCGGCGUGUAUCGGAUCCGCUUGUACGACGUGCGCAAGGAGAAGUGGGUGGUCAUCGUCAUCGACGACCGCAUCCCGAUGGACGACGCGAACGCCCGACCUCGCUUCACGAAGCCCAACGGCAACGAGCUCUGGGUCAUGCUCCUCGAGAAGGCCUUCGCGAAGAUGUGGGGGUCCUAC